AUGGGUAUGAGGGCGCAGAUGUCACCGUCAUUUGUUCCAUGUAUGAUGCCAGCGGCGUUAAGUCCACAUAACGUCGAGAUGUAUCGUCAAAUGAUGAUGAUGAACGGCCCAUGUAGUCCAUUAUACGGAAGUAUGGCAGCUGCCGGCAUGAAGAUGGACGUCCCUCUGGCUGCAAACAUGCGAUCAUCCAAUCCACUUAAUCAAAUGAACCAAAUGCGGUUACCAUUCGUUGGCUCACCGAUCACGUCAAUGGCUAACAGUAUGUCGAAUGACGGGUUACGGAGAACACGAGAUGGGAAAGUGAAGAAGGAAGAUCACAUCAAGAAGCCGUUGAAUGCGUUCAUGUGGUUCAUGAAGGAGAAUCGGCCAAAACUCAUGGAAGAACUCGGCUAUAAAGAAAAACAAAGUGCCGAAUUGAACAAAGAACUCGGGCAAACGGUGGCACGAUCUACCCAAGGAAGAACAGCAAAAGUAUUUCGAUAUGGCCCGUGCUGA